GUGGAGGCACGUAGUAAAUAAACUGAAUGAAUACUGGAGCAUUCUUCUGUAACUUCUACGAGUCAGACGGAUAUGCUUUCUCAAAACUUUAAUUCGACGUAUUUUUUUCUGGGUGGUGUCGAUUGCAGCUGUCAGGCUUUGGAUACUCGUAAAUAGCCGAGCAAGCUGUCGUUUACGCCGAGCUAAACGUUUGCUUUGCAUGUUUUGACGUUAGGUAACAUAGCAAACCUCAGUCAGUUACUUCAGUGAGGUCAUACCAGGCCUUUUCUGACAGAAAGAAAAUUAAGAAACCUUUAAUUAAGGGACUGAAUACCAGAAAGACCGUAAACGUAAGAACAUUUCCUUUCAGGCACAUAUCUAGCCUGUAUCUGAUGAAUAGAGAGAGGGCUGUGGUGUUGUCCUUUCGUUACUGGCAGUGACCUAACGUUCUUUUAAAACGUCUUUUGGCGCGAACGUUCAUUCAUCGCUCGCGGGACUGUGUACGCAUCAGUAGAGCAUCUGUGGCCAGUGCCACCAGCUCAGCAAACCCAAAUCUCCAGAUUCAGCAUAGUGCUAAAGCAGGCCAGGACGAGUGCGCUGCUUAUCAUCAGCUAGCUGCGUCGCAUGACUUACAGCAGUUAGCUUUCACAUGAAUCUACGUUGGCCUUGAUGCAUGGUUGGAAGUAAUAUUAUUUGAUCAGGAUCAGUAGACAUGUCGGAAACGAGUAAAGAGUUCGUGGAUCUGGUGUGGGGUAGACCCAGUGGCGGUGGGGUGUCAGCAUCUCUAUUCCGCAGGUGGUCUCAAGGUCUUGUUUUCAGUGAUUCAGAACGCAGUGCACUGGAGCAGUUUGAAGGAGGGCCAUGUGCUGUCAUAGCACCUGUGCAGGCUUUCCUGUUGAAGAAUAUUCUGUUUAACACUGAGGGCUCAAACUGGAGCGAUAUCUCAGAGGAAGAGCAACGGAUGGUCCUGUGCUCCACGCUCAGUGAGAUCCUGGAGUCAGCCUGCCUCAAUAAGACACAGGCCUUUCACCUGGCCACCUGGCCUCGUGCUAAGACCACAGACAGCUCUAACAUCCCAGACAGCCACCCGGAGCCCGAGUCCAGUCAGCCUACAGACACACAGACUGCAUUGGCUGCUGAGGAGCUUGGCUUUGAGAGGUUUCACAGUGUCAUACAGAAAUGGACUCUCAGGACUGUUGCUGAGAUGAGAGAGGCUGUGUUGUCAAUGUAUGAUACUUGGAGGAACACAUUUGGGGUUCUGUUAUUCCUGUACUCUGUCAUACUUACAAAGGGGAUUGAGAACAUAAAGAAUGAGAUAGAAGACACCUCUGAACCUCUGAUUGACCCGGUGUAUGGUCAUGGCAGCCAAAGUCUAAUCAACCUACUGGUGACAGGCCAUGCUGUGUCCAAUGUGUGGGAUGGUGAUAGAGAAUGUUCUGGAAUGAAGCUUCAUGGCAUCCACCGGCAAGCCUCUGUUGGGUUCCUCACGCUAAUGGAGUCACUGCGCUAUUGCAAGGUUGGUGCAUUUCUCAAAUCUCCAAAGUUCCCUAUUUGGAUCCUUGGCAGUGAGACUCAUCUCUCAGUAUUCUUCACUAAGGAGAUGGCUUUGGUGGCCCCUGAAUCCCCAUCAGAACAGGCCAGAAGAGUCUUCCAGACCUUUGACCCUGAAGAUAACGGGUUCAUUCCAGACACUUUGCUUGAAGAUGUUAUGAAAGCUUUGGAUCUUGUCUCAGAGCCAGACUAUGUGAAUCUGAUGAAGAGUAAAUUGGAUCCAGAGGGGUUGGGCAUUAUUCUGUUGGGUCAGUUUCUGCUGGAGUUUUUCCCUGAUCAGGAUUCAGUGAUUCCAGACUCAUUUCCUGUAUAUCACUAUAAUGGUCUAAAGCAGUCCAACCACAAUGAGAAGGUAAGUUACGUUGAGGGCACUGCUUUGGUCAUGGGUUUUGAGGACCCUAUGGUACGCACAGACGACACCCCAGUCAAACGCUGUCUACAGACCAAAUGGCCCUACAUCGAGCUCCUGUGGACCACAGAGAGGUCGCCCUCACUGAAUUAAGCUUUAAUCUCUAACCUUUCACCUGCCAACUUUUGCCUGCAAAGCCCGAUAACUUAAGGAAAGCUGAACCGUCAUAGGUCUCCUCACACUCUGCACUACAUUUAGGGGGCCAACACAGGGCCUGAAGUUGAACUGAGAGAUGAUGCCCUUCACCCGGCACUGACACUAAAGCUCUUCUCUGCUUUUUACACAUCUCAACUGGCUUGUACAUUUGAUUAUUGGGCUAAUUGUGUGCUUAAAGCCCUGAAGUUAUGUGUUGGUUUUGUUUGUAAUCUGUUAUGUAUACCAAAUGUAUUGUGAUUUUGCAGAUGUUCAAAUUAUUUUGUCAAAUUUCUACAUGUUUUGGUUUACUGCUCUGAAAAGAUCUGCCCUUUGAACUAGCACACCGACUGUGAUAAUCUUUUGAAUAAUUUAUGGAAUUGUUUAUAUAGAGUUUUUUUUUUUUGUGAUUGAUUGAUUGAUGAUUAAAUGUAAGUGGUUGUGAAUAUUUAAGGGAUUAUUUGACCAAAGCAUCUGGUUGCAGAUAGUGUGUGUGUGUGUGUGUGUGUGUGUGUGUGUGUGUGUGUGUGUGUGUGUGUGUGUGUGUGUGUGUGUGUGUGUGUGUGUGUGCUGCGCGUGCGUGCGUGUGUCUGUCUGCGCGUGCGUGUGCACAUUUGCAUGUUUUCGCUCGUUUGUGUGUGUUCGUGCUAGAGGGAGAGAGAGAGAGAGAAAUAGUCAGCUGAGGGGUUAUGUUCUACAACACUGUUCUGGCCCUGGGAGGAAGAUUGACAAAAUAAUGCACUACAACUACAUGCUGGGUACCAAAAGACAGUUGGGAGGAUAGGAGAGGGUGAUUUUAAUAUUUAUCUUUGAAGUCUCUGGAAUGACACUAUGAUUCUCUGCAUGAGAGAAGAAUAAAGAUGUUCACCCUUUAUUUGUUCUCAUCCUGAUAGUUCAUUCAA